CAGGAUCUACACACCACCCGAAAUCAGCCAUACUCAACAGCCAGCCUCAGGUCAGGUCUAAGUUUCGCUGCCGCGCUGCCGUGCGCACAAUUUUGCAAUAGAAGACGUAUCACGACGGUAGCAUACGCCAUCGCGACGCCGUGGUGCCGAACACAGCGGCGUCAUCCCACCGACACGAGGUCUAGCUCCACACAGCGGGGAUGAUGCCUUAGCAGCCGGCAGGAACGUGCUGGAUGGCAACGCGGGGCCGGCGCACGAUGCCGGUUGGCUGUGGAUUGGCUCUGCCGUCAUGCACGCGCCGUUGGGGAGCUGCUGUAGCGCUGCAUUGGUGUCCUCCUCUGCCGACGACGCGCCACCAGGGUCCAGCAGCAGGUGGUUCAGCCCGCCAAUGACGAUCUUGCAGCCCACCAGAGCGCGGCUUAGCGCGCGUGUCGACAGGGGAAACUCGCCGAAGCAGCGCGGUGACAGGUGGUCAGCUAGCUGGCUGAAGCGCUCCGGGCAUGGCUCCAGGCGGAUGGCGGCCGGGAUGACGUUGUAGAACCAGGUCAUCGGUGCCGCUCCUCGUGACAGGACACAGAUGUCCGAGCCGUGCAGGAUGACUCCGACGUGGCGGCGCCCUCCGCCGGCUGGGUAGCGCUCGCCGAUGGUGCGCUCAGCUGCGGCUGCUGCGCGUCCUCCUCCUCGGGCUCCGGUGACGCGGCGUUCUCGCGGUCGCCCAGCAAACAAAUGGUGCAGUCGGCGCUCUCCUCCAACUCCUCCACAGCCGGGAACUGUUGUCGAAUCUCCCUCAGCAUGGGGCUCUGAGCGUAGAUGUUGGCUGGGUUGCAGUCCACCGCCGGGCGCAGCGCCACAGGGUAAUCACACACGCCGGCGGCGACGUCGUUGGCAACCACCUGGUCCAGCGCGGCUCGGUCAUCUGGCGGCGAAGGGGCAGCCCGGCCGGAGCCCUCCUCAACGGCUUGGCGUGGGUAGCACGUAGCCGAAGUGGUGACGGCUCCAGAUGGCACGGUGGUGGCUCCACGCAGUGGGUGGCAUGGGUUGUUGUCUCGCCGGUCGCCACCACCACGACCUGGGUCGCGGCGGACGUUGCCGCCGCUCUGGCCGGGCGGUCGCGGGGCCUGAGGCAAUGGGCCGCGCCGGUCAGGCGGCGGGGCGAACGUGCGCCCGCCGUCCGGCCUGUCACGGAAGCGUGCAGCCCGGGAGGGCUCCUCCGACUCCUCGUGGCAACCUUCACCCCAACUCCCGCGCUGGGGCUGGUCCAGACGCCCGUGCCGGAUGCCAGAAUGGCGGGUGCCGGAAGCCGGGUGGGACAUGACGGUGCUUGCAAUGCGGCGGGAGCGGGCCUCAUCGACGUAGAUGGCAUCACGAAUAGCGGCGUCCAGCGUGCGUGGCCGCAUGAGGUACACCAGGUUGUACACGUCCGGCAGUAGGCCGUGUAGGAAGUGGUAGGUGUAGGCAGGGUCCUUGUCCAGGUCGAUGGAGAGCUGAGAGGCCAGGUCACGGUAGCGGUCGGCGUACUCGCGCACAGACUCCCAGCACUCCUGCCGGCAGCUUGACAGCAGGUUGUAAAGCUCCUCCUCA